GCAUGCGCAGUAGUAGACGGAGGUCGGGGAGUGUCUGAGCGGCUCGUUGGAUGGACUGUAGCCCGCAGACACUGAGGCCAAGGCGAACAUCUGCAUGAACAAUGAACCGGCGGACUUGGGGAGGAAAUCAUUUGGUGAAGCGGACGUGAGCUGGACGUGAGACGGGAGAGUCGGGGACAUGAGACGAACUCUUGGUGAGCCUCCAAAUCUGCUGGAUGUCAUGAGUUGGCCAUCUGUUGUGGAAAUCCACUUAAACCUGCGAGCAGAUUAACAAAUAAAGGGAUCCAAGGCAUCAGUCAGGACAUUUCCUUGCCGGGGACGCCUGGAAAGUCCUAAUUGGCGGUGGAGGGAUGCUGAGGGCCACGGCGGGCUCGGCGGAGGAGAGGGAUGAGGAGGAUGAAGGCGAAGAAGAGCUGAGGGACGGAGGGGUGCCUUUCUACGUGAACAGGGGGGGCCUCCCGGUGGAUGAGGAGACUUGGGAGAGGAUGUGGCGCCAUGUGGCUCGGAUCCACCCCGGCGGCGAAGCGCUGGGGAAGGAGAUAAGGGGAGCCACAGACCUGCCCAAGAUUCCAGUACCGAGCGUGCCUACAUACCAGCCUACCACCCCUAUCCCACAGCGCCUGGAAGCCAUACAGAAGUACAUCAGGGAAUUGCAAUACAAUCACACAGGAACACAGUUCUUCGAGAUAAAGAAAAGCCGUCCUCUUACUGCGUUAAUGGACAUCGCUAAAGAAAUGACACGGGAAGCUCUGCCAAUCAAGUGUUUGGAGGCCGUGAUCCUGGGGAUUUACCUCACCAACAACAUGCCCGGUGUGGAGCGCUUCCCCCUCAGCUUUAAGUCUCAGUUCUCAGGGAACUACUUCUACCACAUUGUGCUGGGAGUUCACAGCGGGGGACGCUUUGGCGCGCUGGGCACGAGUCGCAGGGAGGACCUCAUGUUCAAGCCCCUGGAGUUCCGAACCCUGAUGGAGCUGGUUCAGGAAUACGAAGGGGCCUACAGGGGCUACUGGCACACCCUGCGCAAGGUCAAGAUCGGCCAGUACGUGUCCCACGACCCACACAGCGUGGAGCAGAUAGAGUGGAAACACUCGAUUCUGGACGUGGACAGGCUGAGCAAGGAGGAGCUUCGGAAGGAGCUGGAGAGACACACCCGGGACAUGAGACUGAAGAUUGGAAAGCCGGCACCUCCAUCUCCCACCAAAGACAGGAGAAACAGCAUGGGUUCACCACUCAGAGGGCCGAGCAGCCCCAUACGGAGGAUCAGCCGUGUUGAGAGACGCCCCUCCGGAGACAAGAAGGUCUUGGAACAAAAAUCAUCAACAGACAUGAGCGGAUACCAGAUUCGUGUCUAAAGAAGAAUCGUUGUAGUUUGGACUACAAGGCACCAGGCCAGUGAUUAACUCUUAAGACUUCAUUUUUUUUGGUACACAUUGGCCUAUUCAGAGGAUUCCACAGUGAAUAGGUCACCAGCAACUUUUCUUCCCAAAACAAAUGCCUCAUUCAGCUUUUCUAUGUUACUACAGGCUUUUUUUCUGUAGCGGCUACUGUGCAUAGUAAUUGGUGCUGGCAGUGCUCCCGACUUCUAAAAACAGAGAGUAAAAUGUAAACAUUUUUUAAACAGCUGCAGAGUUUUGCUACCUUCACGUAAAACGCGGCCCUCGCCUGAAGCUGGGCGGAAGUGCCGCUCGGUGUAAAUGUGCUCCCGGACAUAUCAUGGAUCUCCGCGCUGUCAUUAUGUUCAGCAAAAAGCUCUUAAGGCCCGUCUGCAAUCCGUAUCGUCGUACUGUAUGUGUGCAAAUACGUGUCAUGUAAUGUAAAUCCACUUAGACGCCGCUGGGCACCCAUUUCUUGUGUAGGGACUAGUUUGCAAACCACUACCCUUGUGCCUUGUAUAAAAAUUCAAUGAGAAGAAAAAUACUUCGUUAACACUGGAUUGAAUACACAAUAUACAUACUUACAUGCAUAUAAAAGUGUAAGGAGCCAGAGUUAUUCUGGCUGCAGGAUAUUAAACCUUUCACAUGAACCAACACAAUUAUCAAGGUGACUAAUAGCAAAGCUGCUGGCUGAUCUAGUCUGCAUCUGACGCAGAUGUAACGCAACAGGAAUUUGUAUGUAAGUAUGUAUUGUACAACUGCUUUAUAUAUUGGUUUUCAAUUUUUAUUUGUAGCAAAUGUAUCCAGUAUUUCACUUGCCUUAUCCAAGCACCUGACUUCCAUUUAAAGGCUAAGCAGUUCGUUUACAGCACUUUUACCUGCAUUUUGUAUUUUUUUUAAUGGGAAAUUCGGUCAUUUUAUACUUCUUUCGGUGCAGGCGGUCGCCAGUAAACACUUUACCACACAGUGUUUUGAACAGUGCCACGGUGGACAUUUUUAUCUGUACAGUCAGUAUUGUCCGUUUUAAUUUUGGUGUUCUGUAACGCACUUGUUUUGUAGGAAAAGUUGAUUUACAGGAUCAAAAUAAAGGGGCACCAUGAUUGUG